AUGCAACUUGUCAAUUACGCUGCUUGGAUCCCAUCGGAAAAGGCCCCCUUAGUGGUGGCAACGGCUCCAUUCCCAGACCUAGCUCCCGACGAGCUGAUUCUGAAGAAUGCCGCCGUGGCCAUUAACCCUGUGGACUGGAAAAUUCAAGCGUCGGGCGGGUUCGGCCUUUCUUACCCAGCCAUCCUCGGAGAAGAUGUCGCCGGUGAGGUGCUCGAAGUGGGCAAGGACGUCAAGGCUUUCAAGAAAGGUGAUCGCGUCAUUGCCCACGCGCUGGGGUUGGGAAGUGGCCCCGCGUAUGGCGGUUUUCAAUUAUACCCGAGGGUAAAGCUCCAGACCGUGGCUAGAAUACCUGAUAGUCUGGAAUUCAAAAGCGCGGCAGUGUUGCCUUUGAGUGUGAGCACCGCGGCGGCAGGGCUGUACUUGAAGGAGACUCUCGGGUUGCGGUAUCCCCAGCUUGGAGGCGGCGGCAGUACGAUGUCUGGCUCGAUGACGACGAAAAAGAAGAACGAAGUGCUCCUCCUCUGGGGCGGAUCCUCGUCCGUCGGAUCAUCCGUGAUCCAACUGGCCGUGGCUUCGGGCUACGGCGUCGUCACGACUGCGUCUCCGGUGAAUUACGCAUACGCCAAAACCCUGGGCGCUUCGCUUGUGCUGGAUUACCAUAACCCGGAUGUUGUGCCGAUUUUGAUAUCCCUCCUGAAAGAGCAUGGCGCGACUGUGGUGGGCGCUUACGAUGCCAUUGGAGCGGAUGACACGGUGCGCCAGAGCGCCGCUGUGCUGCAUGCACUUGGUGGAGGGACUGUCGCGAGCGUUGUCUCCACGCCGGAUGAUCUGCCAAAGGGAGUCAAGGUCGUUAGGAUAGGGAGCACCAAUAUCGUGAACCAGGAAGCUGGAGCCGUGGCGAAGAAGAUCUGGGGCGACUAUCUGCCUGCGUCGUUGAAAAAUGGGACGUUCAAGGCCGCGCCUGAAGAACUCGUCGUCGGCAAUGGCUUAUAUUUUGUGCAGGGUGGUCUGGAUAGGCAGAAGAGUGGCGUCAGUGCUAGGAAGGUGGUGGUGACGCUUUGA